CCCCUCCACCCCCCCGGCCACCACCCCCUGAUUUCAACACUCCAGGCUACGGUGGAACAGGGCAGCCUGAUAAAAGGAGAGCAGGUCUGGAGAGCCCGUGGCACAGGCUGAGCCAGCACCAUGGCACGGUCCGUGGCUUGGGCAGGUCUGAUAGUGCUGCUGACGAUCCAGUGGGGCUCUGCCGCAAAGCUCGUCUGCUUCUUCACCAACUGGGCCCAGUACAGACAGGGGGCCGCUCGCUUCUUGCCCAAGGAUGUGGCCCCGAAUCUGUGCACGCACCUCAUCUAUGCGUUUGCGGGCAUGAACAAUCACCAGCUCAGCUCUGUGGAGUGGGAUGACAGCGUGCUGUACCAGGAGUUCAAUGGCCUGAAGAAGAUGAAUCCCAAGCUGAAGACACUGCUGGCCGUCGGGGGCUGGAACUUCGGCACCCAGAAGUUCACAGAUAUGGUGGCUACAGCCAGCAACCAUCAGAUCUUUGUCAACUCAGCCCUUAAGUUUCUGCGCAAUUAUGGUUUUGAUGGCCUUGACCUUGACUGGGAGUACCCAGGAAGCCGGGGGAGCCCUCCUUCAGACAAGCAGCGCUUCACAGCCCUGGUGCAGGACCUGGCCAACGCCUUCCAGCAGGAAGCCCAGACUUCGGGGAAGGAACGCCUCCUUUUGAGCGCAGCUGUCCCGGUCGGGAGAAAGCACAUAGAUGCUGGCUACGAGGUGGACAAAAUUGCUCAGAGCCUGGACUUCAUCAGCCUCAUGGCCUACGACCUCCAUGGCUCUUAUGAGAGGACCACAGGACACAACAGCCCCCUCUACAAGAGGCAGGGGGAGAGCGGGGCAGCAGCCGAAUUGAACGUGGACUUUUCCGUGCAGCUGUGGCUGCAGAAGGGGACCCCUGCCAACAAACUGAUCCUUGGCAUGCCCACCUACGGACGAUCCUUCACCCUGGCCUCCCCAUCAGACACUGGAGUGGGGGCCCCAGCCAUGGGGCCUGGAUCCCCUGGCCCCUUCACCAGAGAGGGAGGGCUGCUGGCUUACUAUGAGGUCUGCUCCUGGAAGGGGGCCACUGAGCACAGAAUCGAGGACCAGAAGGUGCCCUAUGCCUUCCAGGGCAACCAGUGGGUGGGUUUCGAUGAUGUGGAAAGCUUCAAAAUCAAGGCCAGCUACCUGAAGCAGAAGGGCCUGGGCGGGGCCAUGGUCUGGGCACUGGACAUGGACGACUUCGCUGCCUUCUUCUGCAACCAAGGCCACUACCCCCUCAUCAAGGCACUGCAGCUGCAGCUGAGCACCCCAGAAAGUGAAGUCCCCACACCAGACCAGCCUUCUGAACCUGAGCAUGGCCCCAGCCUUGAACAGGACACUUUCUGCCAGGGCAAAGCUGACGGGCUCUACCCUAACCCCCGGGACCAGGGCGGUUACUACAGCUGUGCAGGGGGGAGGUUGUUCCGGCAGAGCUGCCCACCGAGCCUGGUGUUCAGCUCCUCCUGCAAAUGCUGCACGUGGAGCUGAGCGCCUGAGGCCCGUGGAUCCCCGGCCACCAGGCCAGGGCCCGGGGUCACUCCACGGCCUCCCUCCCCAGCUCCCGUCCACGGACCUCUUUGUGGUCUUUCCAUAGCCAAGUAUUCUGCUCUCAGCCUUGGUUCCUUUUGUUCGGGCCCUCCUGGGCUGCCUCUUUCACUUGCAAAAUAAAUCUGUGGUUCACACCCCACUGCCCCUGGGUGUGGUGACUUACAGAGUCUUCUAAGCACACUGUUAGUUCAAAACUGGGGAUGUUGGGAAGCUAGGAGGAGAUGGUAACAUAAGGCACGCAGAGGUCCAAGCCAGGUGAGAAGGUGGCCCAUUUGGGGCAUGAUAGGCCUUGCAUCACAUCUCACCACACUCCGGCGGGCAGUUUUCGGGGGUCCCAGGGGACCUCACCUCACCAGAGAGCUUUUCCCACGGGCCUCCGCUCAGGUGUCAUUCCCAAGAUUCACACUAGAUGGCAGCAGAGAAGAGCUUUUCUUGCUCCUCGGGGCUCUGCCAGGCUGCUCAGCGUGAAAAUGCGAAUCAGACCCCAGGUGGAUACUGAGGGCUCACUUUGAGAGAAAUCCGGUUUCAGGCCCCUCCCUUGCCCUAUGUCAGCUAGUGCUCCUACUUGCCAGGUAAGGCAGGGACAAUAGUAUCCUCAUUAUACAGGAAUUUAAGCCGAAGACUGAUUCUCACCCAGUUCUGAGUACAGAACUGAGGCCUAUAGGGGCCGAGAUGGGCCAGAGGAGCAUGAGCGUGCAGUGACCUGGAUGACCGAGCCAUCCAAACGGUCCUUGCAGCUUUGGGCUGAAGCUUGGUCAUCCUGUGAAGAAAAUCCGCGCAUCACCUAAUGGUCCAUCUGGCCUUGCACGCACCCAAGCUGGGUUUUGGGGUGGCACUCCGGCAGGCAGCUGGAGAUGGGGAUGGGACCUGACCCUUCACCCAAGGACAACCAGUCCCAGAUCCCUGUCUAGGGGGACUUCUCCGCUUCUGCACCCUGCCCGUGCUCAGGCCUUCACAAAUCUGUUCAUCUUCAGCCCAGGGCACAGGUCCGCUCUCGCACACGUUCCCUUCCUUCGGGGUCUCAACGCAAAGGAAAUACGCCACAUCCGUGCAGUUUCCUUUUGGGGAGUGCAGAGCUGACUUCUGGCUCCACUACUAGCAUGUGACUUUAGGCAAAGGAACAGAGCUCAUCAAGUCAUCUGUCAGGUGGGGUCAACCCCUCUUCAUGAUCGGCACUCACGCCUCCCCUUCCUCCUCCCUUCUCUGUCCUUCCUUUACCUUCUGGGGGCCAGAUACACCAGCUCUCCCGGUAGGCCCACAGCCCCCUGCCCCCACCUGCACCCAUGUCCGAAUACCUAGGUAGUGAGAGCUGAAUCUCUAUGGUUCUUAUUUUGUUUUGGCUAUGAAAUUUACCAUGCAGACAAAAGAGUGUUCAAGAUACGUAUGUUGGUAUGUUGCGUAUCUCCCAUGAAUCCAUCACCCGGGUAAGGAAACAUAACAUUACCAGUACUUUCCAAGCUCCUGAUGCACCCCUCCCUCAUCCUACACCCCUCUAGCUAGAGUUUGGUUAUUCAGUCCCUCAUUUUCUUAGAGUUUUACCUACUGUGUGUAUAUUCCUAAACAAGAUAUUGUUUAGUCUAGACUGUCUUUGACCUUACAUAUGUAGAAACAUACUAUGUGGUGUUUGCUGCGGCUUCUCAUCUUCACUUAGCUGGAACCCACUCCUUUUCACUGCUGGAGAGAGAGUAUCCCACCAUGUGCCUAAACCACGACUUACACAUUCUGCCAUCAAGAGGCAUCGGUGUUCUUUCCAGUUUGGGGCUCACGUGGACAACAUUACUAUGAACACUUUUGAGCAUGUCGAUUGCUACAUAUGUGUAGAAUUUGGGGACCGUGCAAGGUCAGCUUUACUAGGUGCGGGCAGAUGUUUUCCCAAAGUGGACAUACAACUGUUCCAGACCAUUGCAGAGUUCCUAGUGCAGCCCACGCUCACCAUUCCUACCGUCUCCUCUGUGCAGAUCUGAGAGGUGUAAAAUGGCAUCUCACUUUGGUUUAAACCCCCAUUGCCUUAAUUACUUAUUAUUUCAUUAUCUUUCUAUGUCUGCAAGCUGUUUAUGUUUGUUCUUUUGUGAAUUAUCUAUUGUGUCGCUUGCCCAUGGUUCUGCUGCGUUGUUUGUCUUUCUCUUGUUGAAAUGUAGGGGUUCUUUACAUAUUCUGAACCCAGACCCUUGAUAGUUACAGGUUUCGCUACAUCUUUUCCCGGUUGAGGUCUGGCUUUUCAUUCCUUGAGUAUUAUUCUAUGUAGUUAAAUUCACUAAGCUUAUCCUUUAUGAUUUGUGCUUCCUGCAUCUUAUUUAAGAAAUCUUCUAGGGGUGCCUGGCUGGCUCAGUCGGAAGAGCAUGUGACUCUUGAUCUCAGGGUUGUGAGUUUGAGCCCCACGCUAGGUGAAAAAAAAAAACUUAAAAAAAAAAUCCUUUUCUAGUCUGAGAUCAAAAAGAUCUUAAAAAGAUCAAAAGAUCUUUUCUUAAAUUGUCAUCUAAAAGUUUUAUAGUUCUUUAUCAUUAAGUCUUUAAUCUUUCUGAAAUUGACAUUUGAGUAUGCGGUGAGGUGGGAUCCUAUUUGCUUUUUUUUUUUUUCCAUUUGGAAAUUCCCUGCAUUAUUUCCUCAGUAAUCUAUUUUUUUCAUAUUAACAAAUAGAUUUCUGAAUAUGCAUGGGCAUUUUUCUGUUCUUUGACCUAUGUUUCUAUCCCUGCCCCAGGAACUGACUGACUGAAUUACUAAAGCUUUAUGAUCAGUCUUGAAAUCCAGUAGGGCCAAUCCUUCUAUGUACUAUGCUCUCUGUUGUAGGAACAUUUUGGCUAUUCCUGGCCCUUACUUUUCCAUGUACAUAUUAGAAUUGUCUUGCCAAGUUCGAUUAAAAAAUUCUGUUUAGGUUUUGAUAAAGAGUCUCAUUGACUCUAUAGGUCAAUUUGGGGAGAAUUGAUACCUUUGUGAUACGGAGUCUCCCAAUCUAUAAAUGUA